UGGAAGUAGAGCUUUGCAAAGGAUAGGAGCCAUCUCUAACUGGUCCCCGCAAAAGCAUCUUCCCCGUAGUCCGUGAUGGCUGUUGCAAGCGGCCCCGCCAGCAAAGAGCUCGCCACUGCGGGGGUGAAAUUUGCAGAGGGAGAAGAGAAAUUGCCAAAGGUUGUUUUGACCAGCGCCGGCGGCAGUGAGGCAGAUGCAUAUUUAUAUGGUCGUGUUAUUACUUCAUGGAAAGUCCCAAAUGGGAGAGACCUCCUUUUUGUUCGACCUGAUGCGGUGUUCAACAAGAAGAAACCAAUCAGUGGAGGCGUUCCACAUUGUUUUCCACAGUUUGGACCAGGCCCUAUGCAGCAGCACGGAUUUGCAAGAAAUCUGGAUUGGUCCGUCAUUGAUUCUGAAAAUGUGCAAGGAGAUCCUACCAUAACUUUAGAACUAAAGGAAGGUGAAUGCAGUCGCUCCAUGUGGGAUUUCAGCUUUCAAGCUUUGUACAAGGUCACUUUGCAAACAAAGAGCCUUUCCACUGAACUUGUAAUUAAAAAUACAGACAGCAAACCAUUUUCAUUCAGCACCGCAUUGCAUACAUACUUCCGCGCCGCUGUACAAGGGGCCUCAGUUAACGGUUUGAAAGGAUGCAAAACACUAAAUAAAGAUCCUGAUCCCAAGAAUCCACUGGAGGGGAAGGAAGAAAGGCGCGUAUCAUUUUCUUCACAUGCUUUUAUCAAGAACACAAAUUGGACAGAUGCUGUUUUGUGGAACCCAUAUCUGACAAUGGAAGCAUGCUACAAAGACUUUGUUUGUGUCGAAAAUGCAAAGGGAACUCGACUAACUACGGAGUGGUUCUAUUUCUCUGUUAAGCUUAAGGUGUCCAUUAAUCGAUAUACGUUGCCAUCAUCAGUCAGCAAUGAGAUGCUAUUUCUAUUGAACGAUCUUUAGAUAUUCUUCCUCGUGUACUACGAACUGUAUACCGAUUAUAUUUUUUGUUUUUUGAUCUAAUGUGUGUACCGAUUCUAACUCAAACAUAAUCUCUC